AUGGACCGUGCACAGCAGCUGUGCGACCCUUUCCCGCCAGCAGCAGUCCCGUCGAUUCUCCAUCGUGAAAUUUCCCCAAAAAUCACCAGCGCCCCGUCCCUCAUCUUCCUCCGUCGGCGACAGCCGACCUGUCGAGUAGAGCCCCACACCGGUCAGAGAAGUUCCGCCCCUCUUCAUCAUCUCCGGCGAGCAACACCUUCGCCGGCGUUUUAUCUCAGCCCCUGUACGAGCAGCACGCGUGACUCUUUCCGGCGAGAAGUAGUUCCGUCGAGCCUCCUCAGUCCACCCGGAGUUUUAUUUCCGGCGAGCAAAAUCCCAGCAGCCGCCGGCAGUCCUUCUCAGCCGCACGACUCCUUCCAGCGAGCAACAGCGGGUCCCAGCCAUUAUCCCCGUCGACGAUCGAGCGACAAGCCCGUUAGUCGCUGUGAGCAACCAACGACCCACGAGCAGCAGGUCCUACGUGUCGGUUGGGUCGAGGAAGUUGUCGGCGGAUGCCCCAGUGACCUACAGAGCCUACGCAAUGCAAUGCAGCCAGUGACCGCACGUGAGCUACCCAUCGGCGCAACUGAGUGCGAGGCUGAGACCAGCCACAGCACCAGAACACAGCGGCCGCGCGUCUGGUGCCAACUGCGGUCUGACCCGAGCCACCGACUAGCUACCGGACCGCACUGGUCGAGCCAGAACCGGGCUAGAGGCAAGACCGAACACAUUUUGAGCAUCCCGAGUUAUGUUUAG